UAAUUUUGGCGUCACAAACGUCAUCAUUCUGCGACCGGACGAACUGAACGCAUGGGCGCGUGUGCGUUCAGUGUUUUCUCUCAUUUGUCACAUAAAAUAUUAUUCUUAAAUAUGUCUGCAUAUUAAACGGGAUAUCCGAUAUUCACCUUCGCGUGUGCUGUGGAAUUACCUCGUUUGUACAAUGCAGUCAGUGAAGAUCGGACGCGUCGCCUUUCUCAUUUCCAAACUCUUUAGUUCGCAGCUCGGCUGGGGACAGAUCGCGGGCGUUAGCGCUUGUGUACGCAGAGUGACAACCGCUGGCUCACAGCCUGUGGUGAUCCGCAUCCCGAGACGCAUGCAAGAACGUAUAGAGAACAUCAAACAGAUGCAAAGCAAGAAGUUUGACAAGCUGCCAACAGUCAAGCCUGGAAGACUGUUGAUCAAGAGCAAGAACCCGCAGCUAAACCAGUCUGUCGGCUAUACACUUGGGAAAUUUGAACAACCGGUUCUGACAUCCAAGGGAUGGAAGAGUAACAAAGCAUUAGGGGAUUACUUCUCCAUAAACAGCAUCCAAAGUGCUCCACCAUCUGUCCUCAAGCAGAAGGACGAGGGUGAUGGCAGUGCUUCCGUCCCCCAAAAGACAUUUAAUUGCUUUAAUAUUUGUCCAGAACUGGUCGAGACUUUAUAUAGUCAGAAUAUAAUUCACCCCACCACAGUCCAGAUGCAAACCAUUCCCAAAAUACUAAAAGGACGCAACAUUCUCUGUGCUGCGGAGACAGGAAGCGGAAAAACUCUCGCUUACCUCCUUCCCAUCAUCCACAGGCUGCAAGCGGACAGGCAAGAGGAGCCCUUCACAAACUCGGAGAGAAACAUUCGCGCUGUGGUCAUCGUCCCAUCACGGGAACUUCUUCUGUAG